CUCUCUUAAUUAUCGUUAAUUAUUUUCUUUUUUCCACUUUUUCUUUUCAUAUUUUAAUUAGCUAAAAAACAAAAAGAAAAGGAUGAUAGAGAUGCCGCUUUUCCAACACAUAAAUAAAUUCCAAUUAUCGUUGGCCUUUUAACGACUAUCCUCCUCCUCCUCCGCCUGACCACCGCCGCCACCGGCGCGAUCCUCCUCCGCCGUCGUAUCCAACCUCGCCGGCAGUUCCUGUUUCCGUACUCGGCGGACGAGACGGGAGCGAAAUCUUCUUGACUUCUGCACAUAGGAGUCGAUUGCUAGCCACCAGCGAUGGCUGAGUUGACUCAGCCCGAUGUGGUCUACUCGCCUCGCUCUCUCCAGCUAUGGACGACUCUCGUGAACUGGCUCGCUUUCUUCUUCCAGAUCUUCCUUCAGAUCCUCCGCGCUCUCGGACACCUCCCCCUUCUCUCCUCUUCCUCCUCUUCUUCGUCUUCCCACUCCUUCAAGCCCUUGCCCGUCGUCGAACUCCCGGAGAUCGAUUCUUCUUCGUCUCCGUCUUCUCCUCCUGCCCCGCCCACUUUGGAGAUCAACGCCGGCGACCAGGACUCGAUUCGGGUCCAUCAGCCCCUCCAGGGACUCCACAGGCUAACGGUCGUCCUCGACCUGGACGAGACGCUGAUUUGUGCUUACGAGACGUCCAGCUUGCCGCCGGCGCUGAAAAGCCAGGCGAUUGAGGGUGGAUUGAAGUGGUUCGAGCUGGAGUGCAUCUCGUCGGACAAGGAAUUUGACGGGAAGCCUAAGAUCAAUUAUGUAACGGUGUUUGAGCGUCCAGGAUUGCAUGACUUCCUUAAACAGCUCAGUGAAUUUGCUGAUCUUGUGCUCUUCACUGCCGGCUUGGAAGGUUAUGCAAGGCCCCUUGUUGAUAUUAUAGAUAAAGAAAACCUAUUUAGCCUUCGCCUUUAUCGGCCUUCAACCAUUAGCACGGAGUACAGGGAACAUGUGAAGGAUCUGACGUGCAUAUCGAAUGAUGCUUGUCGGGUUGUUAUUGUGGACAACAACCCCUUCAGCUUCUUGUUGCAACCAUUGAAUGGAAUCCCAUGCGUUCCAUUUUCGGCUGGCCAACCACACGACACACAGCUUCUAGAUGUAAUCCUUCCACUACUCAAGCAACUCUCUCAGCAGAUAGACGUUAGGCCAGUGCUGUACGAGAGAUUCCACAUGCCGGAGUGGUUCCAGAGGCAGGGGAUUCCUGCUACUAGCCCUGGAUGGAGAUAGUAUUAAUAUAUAAGAAGUAAACCUCAGCUUCAGCUUCAAGUCCUCUGUACCAUCCACGACAGUUGAUUUAUUCCCAAGGCAGCAAUGUGUUUCGUUCUUCUCUUGCGAGUUCGGCAACUACUAGCACUUCCAUUUGUUUGUAGAUAGCAGCAUUGAAUUUUUGUAAGCAAGACGUAGGUCACAUUGAUGAAAGCAGCAGGCGAGCAAGGCGGGCACAGCACGGCAUAGCUAAAGAUCAUUCAAUUCAAGUCAAUUAUGUUGCUCUUUGUUGCCACUUUCAUGUAUGUAGAUCUUUCCUAUACAGUAAAAGAGACAGUCUUAGUUUUGGGUUGUUAUAUAGGGCCUCUCAGUAUGUUGUAAAAAUUGGGUGAGGCUUCAGUCAAUACAGCUUUCCUCAGUAUUUCAGGCAUGUACCUGUAUGGACAGGGUCGUAACUAUCUCAGUCCUUUCCUUCAAUACAUACAAUCCUCAACCCGUAACAAGUUUUGUGAUGUGAUCACCGUAAUCGAUUCAAGCUAGG